AACCGGGCGUAGCAGUUUGCGGCUGGGCGAUGAAACAAAAGAAACAAUAAAGAUAGCAAGCCUCCCGGAACACAUUGAUUCCCAUAUUUCAACCGGCGCGGGCGCUUUUAUUUUUUUAUUAUUGUAAAAAAGUCUGUAUAUAUACAUAUUAUUUUUAACAUUUAUUUUAAUAUAUUUUUUUACAUUUUUAAACUAAAAACAUGCCCAGUAGCACAUCAUUGCUGGUUGCCGAGGAGACAGAGCCUGAGCUCCCGCCGCUGGUGGUAGAAAGGCUUGCCGACUUAGGCCUCGAUGACCACGGCCCGAAGAAUCACCAGGAGCCGCGGGACGCGUUACUCGCUUCGGCGCACCGGCAACAUUCAUCCCGGUUUGGGGUGCUUGAAUCAAUGCUGGAUCGACCACCGAUGAUCCGACAUCAACAGGAAGAGCUGCAGCAGCAGCACGAAGACGAAGAAGACUGUGACGAAAGAGAAGGAGACGCACUGGAAGACGACGACACGCAGGCCAGGAUCCACGGUUUAGGCUCGAUGAUGUUUUCGGAACUGGAGGCCUCGGAGCCCGUAAUGUUGUAUAAUGGAGUUGUGGAUGAUCAUCCGCAGCAAGUUGCCAGCAUGAUUAUGGCAUUGAACACCGGUUACACAGAGUCCGUCUUUGAGGGCGAUCCGCCGUCUUUGCAACGGAGGAAGAGCGUUAACACCACCGAAUGUGUAGGAGUUCCCAGCUCCGAACACGUCGCGGAGAUCGUGGGCAGACAAGGUUGUAAAAUUAAGGCUUUGCGGGCCAAGACAAACACUUACAUCAAGACUCCUGUGCGUGGUGAUGAACCAGUCUUUGUGGUCACUGGUCGAAAGGAAGAUGUGGCAAUGGCAAAGCGGGAAAUACUAUCUGCAGCAGAGCACUUCUCCAUGAUCCGGGCCUCUCGCAAUAAAAAUGGCCCUAUGACAGGAGGGCUCCCUGGGGCCCCCAACCUCCCAGGCCAGACCACCAUCCAGGUACGAGUACCCUACAGGGUUGUAGGGUUAGUUGUUGGCCCAAAAGGCGCCACCAUAAAGCGAAUACAGCAGCAGACACACACAUAUAUUGUAACGCCAAGCCGUGACAAAGAGCCAGUGUUUGAAGUGACAGGCAUGCCCGAAAAUGUGGACAGAGCACGGGAAGAGAUUGAGGCUCACAUUGCUGUGAGGACAGGCAACUAUGUGGAGAUGUCUGGAGAAGAGAAUGACUUUCAUUAUAAUGGCACAGAUGUUAGCUUUGAAGCGGGAUCUGCAGGAAGUGCUUGGCUAAACUUCAGCCGGGCCCCACCUGGUGUUAGCUCCCGUAGCGCCCGAAUGAUUUCCAACUACCGGAAUGAUAGUUCCAGCUCUUUGGGAAGUGGUUCUACAGAUUCUUUUUUUGGUGGCAACCGUAUGGCUGACUUCAGCCCCACAAGUCCCUUUAACACCAGUAAUAGUUUCUGGUUUGGAGAUUCUCUUGUUCCCUUAACCUCCGAUGAUUUGGGAGGGAUGGAAUCACCUGGUUUCGAUUCCCUGUCUGCUCCUCUUCCAUCUCAUCAGCAGCAAGCCAUUUGGAGCACCUAUGAUCAAAACAGCACCUUUUCUGGAUUUGAGGGAAAGAGCCAUAGCCGAGACAGCCAACCCUCUACGCCCCGCUUGUCUCCCACCUUCCCUGACGCCCUGGAGCAUCCUCUGGCUCGCCGAGUGCGAAGCGAUCCCCUCAGCAUGGGUAGUCAGGGACCAGACCUUCAGAUGUACAUCCCAGCCUUUUCGUCCUCCAGUGACAGUACCACCUCAAGCUCACCUCCAGACUCCGCAAGCUCUGCAGGUCUCUGCCGAAGUAAACGGGACUGUAUAAAAUGUUUUGAGAGUGAGAUUAUUGCUGCCUUGGUGCCCUGUGGCCAUAAUCUCUUUUGCAUGGAAUGUGCAAACCGAAUCUGCGAAAAAAAUGAGCCACUGUGCCCUGUGUGUCAGACCCCCGUUACACAGGCUAUACGGAUCUACAACAUGUGAAAUCGCAAUGUUUGCGUGGUCUCUAAAAAUUGGAGGGUGGGCUAAGAAAUAAUGUGAGAAGGCAGGUAGAGCUCCUUGGUACCUAUUUAGUGUUUUUUUUAUUAUUUUAUAGAUAGUCGGACUAAAAUUCAAGGAUAAGGAUUGGGCUUAAG